AGGCAAUGACAACUACAAACAAAUAGCCAUGUGUGUUCUUUACCACAUAAGCAUGGAUGACCGCUUUAAAUCAAUGUUUGCGUACACUGACUGUAUACCACAGUUAAUGAAGAUGCUGUUUGAAUGCUCAGAUGAACGAAUUGACUUGGAACUCAUUUCUUUCUGCAUUAAUCUUGCUGCUAACAAAAGAAAUGUACAGCUUAUCUGUGAAGGAAAUGGGCUGAAGAUGCUCAUGAAGAGGGCUCUAAAGUUUAAGGAUCCAUUGCUGAUGAAAAUGAUUAGAAACAUUUCUCAGCAUGAUGGACCAACUAAAAAUCUGUUUAUCGAUUAUGUUGGGGACCUUGCAGCCCAGAUCUCUAAUGAUGAAGAAGAGGAGUUUGUGAUUGAAUGUUUGGGAACUCUUGCAAACUUGACCAUUCCAGACUUAGACUGGGAAUUGGUUCUUAAAGAAUAUAAGUUGGUUCCAUACCUCAAGGAUAAACUAAAACCAGGUGCUGCAGAAGAUGAUCUUGUUUUAGAAGUGGUUAUAAUGAUUGGAACUGUAUCCAUGGAUGACUCUUGUGCUGCAUUGCUAGCCAAAUCUGGGAUAAUCCCUGCACUCAUUGAAUUGCUAAAUGCUCAACAGGAAGAUGAUGAAUUUGUAUGUCAGAUAAUUUAUGUCUUCUACCAGAUGGUUUUCCACCAAGCCACAAGAGACGUCAUAAUCAAGGAAACACGUAUCCUUUCAGUGUUUACAGUAGAUAACAAUAUUUCACAUAUUCAGAAAAGAUGCAUCUUUGGGUUUUUUGGGGUUUUUUGUUUGUUUUUUUGGCAAAUGUUGAGAUAA